AUGGACCCGGCCGCUGUUGCGACACAGCAAACACAGCAACACCACCGAGUGCGGCGCAAACGCAAGGCCGACUCUCAAGAUGCAAACAAUGAGAGGCUGUCCAAAAGGCUGAGCCUGCUCAAUUUGGAGCAGAAUGGCUCCAAGCUGUACGUCCCCGUCGAGAACCCCAAAGCGACCUCCCGCAGCCCUCUCUCUCAGCCGUCGCAGCCGCAGGCACCGCCGGCAGCACCACCGGUAAACCAGGACGACGACUCGAUGAUGCAGCUGGACGACUCCAAGUACAAGGUGUACAUCUACAACAUCGACGACGAGCUCUCCUCCGAGAGCGAGGCCGAGGACGGCAGGCUCGUCUUCCUGCCCGACAUCGAGAAGCACCUGCGCAUCAACCGCGUGCCCAUCCCGCCGCCCAUCCUGCCCAACAGCGACGGCGAGCUCGCCGGCAUGCAGAUGGUCCUCUACAACGUGCCCUCGUCCAUCUCCGUGCCCCAGGAGCAGGACAGCGUGCGCAAGGCCAUCAUCGAGUCGCGCGCCCGCAUACGGGCCAGGCAGAAGGGCGAGGAGCCCGAGAAGACCGCCGCCACCAGCAAGGCGCCGUCCUCGCCGCCGCUGCCCACCGCGCAGACGCCGCCUCUGGGCGGCUUCAGGCCACUCCAACUAGAUACCAUUCCCGAGGUACCGAACGGCGUGGCCACAACAUAUCCGCAAGCGUCGACACCGUGGGGGAUGUCAGCAGGAGAACAAGACGCCGACGCCAUGGAGAUUGACUGA